GGAAAAAGCGCCAAGUUCUACACAGAACGGCCGUCGGUUGUCAAAUUGUUUACCAAUGUAACGGAUGAAUAUUUGUUUUGCUGCAGUAAAAUCUUGUAGGAUGGUAACAGCAAUGCUGUUAGUCACUAUUUAAUCGUGACAGGGAAUUGAAGAGUGGACAUCAGCUCUGCUUCGAUAGCACAAUGCCCGGACUUCAGGCAGAUGGCGUGGUGGCGGCGCUAGGCAGCCCCAUCAAGAAGAGCAAACUCUCCCUGAAGUUCUUCCAGAAGAAAGAUACCAAGCGGGCACUGGAUUUCUCUGAGACUCAUGCAGAAGAGCAGAAUACACAGCCUCUGGAAGCAGAAGAACCUGCUUGCUGUGACCAGGUGGUGCCAGGUCCCUGUCCCACAUCUCCUCUCACCUGUGAAAGGAGAGAGAUCAUGGUGCCAUUUGUUGGAUUGAAUAAUCUCGGAAAUACCUGUUACCUGAACAGCAUCCUUCAGGUCUUGUACUAUUGCCCCGGAUUUAAAGAGGCCAUCAGGAAACUGUACAAGCUGUCCAAGUGCAGAGAUAAACAAAAGGAGGCUUUGAAGAAUGAGCAGGAUGGAACUGAGCUUGAGGAGCAGGUGCCAGCGCAGGUGGAACUGCUGGGAAGUUUCUACACCCUCAUUACUUCAGUGGAGCAGCUGCAGUCGAACUUCCUGCUCAGUCCCGACAAGUACAGCGAGGGAGAGCUCGCCACUCCGCCCCGCAAGCUGUUGAACUCACUCAGGCAGCUGAACCCCAUGUAUGAGGGCUACCUGCAGCAUGACGCACAGGAGGUACUGCAGUGCAUCCUGGGAUACGUCCAGGAGGCCUGUGAGACCAUCUGCAAGGAGCAGCAGCAGCAGUCUGAACCGGGGGAGGAGCAGCGACCCUCGGAGGAGGAGGUGGGAGCAGAGGGCCAACUGAGUGGGAAGAGGAAAAGCGACACGGAAGCUGGGAAUGCCAAGAAGAAGCCCAAAUCCCAGACGAAGGGCCAGAACGCUAGGAAAGAAGAGGAGGAAGUGGAGCCAGUGGAGCCGGCCAGCCAGCCUCUCACUCGCUCGAAGAGGAAGUCCUCGGGUGACAUCACUACAGAGGGUGUCAGCGAGCAUCCAGUCAAGGGGACCCAAGAAGAAGAGGAGGCGGAGAAGGAGAAAGAAGGAGUGAAUGAUGCGGAGGAGGGAAAGAGCGAGAGCUCCUCCAAAGGGACGGGCAAAAGGAAGAAACGUGCACGUCUUAGCUGGCUAAAAACGGCGUCUGGGAAACAGCCCAGCAUCUUCUCCAAGUUCAGGAGCAUGGGCCGCCUGACUUCGAACGGGGGAAGCCGUGCUGAGAGCAGAGAGGAUCAUGGGAAAGAGGGCACCAGUGCAUGCCAAGACACACCAGACAACACCACACCCAUAUCAGAACAGACAAAAACCCAGUCUGAGGAGGAAUGCAAGCCCCAGAGUGAAGGAGAGGUGCAAGGCUUUGACGUGCUGAAGCGCCUGUUCCAGGGUCAGCUGGUGCUGAGAACACGCUGUCUGGAGUGCGAGUGUUUCACCGAGCGCCGGGAGGACUUCCAGGACAUCAGCGUCCCCGUCCAGGAGGACGAGCCAGCCUCCAGGGAGACCAGCUCAGAGAUCUCGCCGGAGCCCAAGCCUGAGCUGAAGACGCUGAAGUGGGCCAUCUCCCAGUUUGCCUCCGUGGAGCGCAUCGUGGGCGAGGACAAGUACUUCUGCGAGACGUGCCACCAUUACACCGAGGCUGAGAGGAGCCUGCUGUUCGACAAAACCCCCGAGGUCAUCACCAUCCAUCUCAAGUGCUUUUCUGCCAACUCAUCUGAGAUGGACCCGUACGCAGGGCUGUCGAAGGUGAACACGCCUCUGCAGACGCCGCUGCAGCUGUCGCUGGAGGAGUGGAGCACGGGCGCGGCGCCCCGCGGCCAGCAGUACCAGCUCUUCGCCGUGGUCAUGCACAGCGGCGUCACCAUCAGCAGCGGCCACUACACCACCUACAUCCGCAUGUCCGACCUCCACAGCGUCCGCCACGGGGAGGAAGCGGCCGGGGAGGACGAGGAGGCGGCGGCGGCGGCGGCGGCGGCGGCCAAGCAGGAGGAGGAGCAGGCGGAGGAGGCGAAGAAGCAGCAGCAGCAGGCGCCGAAGAAAGAGGAGACGGCGACGCAGGAGUACGACGACGGAGAGGUGUCCUUCAGCCUGAGCGGGCGGGGGGCGAGCUCAGCCCCUGCGGCGAGCGGUGCCAAAGCGGGGGGCAAGAAGGCCCUGGAGGGAGUGGGGCUACUGGGGGGCCAGAGGAGCCUGGCCACCUACGAGCUGGGCAGCAGCACCAAGCCGCAGCCGGCCAACACAGACAAGAGCGCCUUCCCCUCCGGCCUGCAGCCCCUCGGCGGAGCGCCGAAGAAGGAGAAGGAGAAGGAGGCCGGCGCGGCCGAGGGCGAGCAGGGUCGGAGGGGCGACGAGCUGGCCCUGCGGAACCUCCUGGACUACGAGGGGAAGUGGCUGCUGUUCGACGACUCGGAGGUGCGCCUGUACGAGGAGGAGGACUUCCUGCGCGCCUGCUCGCCCGAGACCUGCAGCACGUCCACGCCUUAUCUGCUGUUCUACCGGAGAGUGGAGGCGCAGAAGUGAGGAGGGGGGCUGGGCUCCGCUGAUUGUCCCCCCUCUCUGUAUCAGAGUUUUAUUUCCAUGUUCUGUUCCUCCCCUCCCCCCCCCCCCCCCCCUCCGCUCCUCUCCCCCUCUUUCUGUGUUGUCCUUUCCGUCUGUCCCCAGAGCAAGCCAGCAGACUCUUCUUUCUCGCUUGGACCGCACCUUGGCACUUAACAUAGUGCAUCUUUACAAACUCGCCCUUUAUGGGUGGCAAGUUUGCUUUUCAUAUGACCAGAUAGAGAAAUCCAUUUUUUUGUCUCUCAUGCACUGGUUUCUGUUUUUAGAUAUUUUUUUGUUUCCUUGUUUUGUUUUAUAAAGAGCACAAUAUAUUCUUGUACGUUUUUCGUUGCUAUAUAUAGUUAAGGUACCUUUCAAGAAAAUCCUGAGAGCAUGACUGUACCCAUCCUCGCUGUAAAAUAAGAUGAAUAGUUUAGCUUACCGGUAGUAGUUCUCAGUUAUGCAGUUUGCUCUUCAGGACGGGCAGUGAACAGGUUGAGAAAGGCCGUGGUAUAUUAUCCAAAUUGUCCAGUGGGAUAUUUGCACAGCUUCAAGUCCAUUCAGCUAAAGUGUCUAAGCUACUUCAGUUUCGGGUUGGAUCAGGUGGAUUGGAUCCACUGAUGGCAGGGAUGAAAAAAGAAAUGGACCUCAUUCCAGCAGAGCAAGCUUCUCUCUUUUUUUUUUUUUUUUUCCAUGCAUGGCCUGAGAGCAGGAGUUUAAAGUUUGACCAAUUUAGAUUGCAGGCUGUUCUAUGCAUUUCUGUGAAAUCCAUGCUUUUGCUUUCUCUGAUUGUUUGAAAGGAAGUGAAAUGCUCGUGGUGUGAACUAUCUGGUUAUUGCAGACGUCUCCAUCCAGUUGACCUGUGUCUUUCCUGUUUUUGUAGACGCUCUUGUACUCUUUAUUAAAACACCAGCAAUAUCUACAUUCCACUGUGUGGUUGCAUUUCAUCGGUUAAAGACAGAACACCAGUACAGACAUUAAAAUUUAUUUAGUAAAAUAUUUAAAGUAAACAAAAGCUACAUAAAACAAUUCAAGGAUGUCUGAAACAGUACCCUAUUUUCUUUUUUUCUUUCCUUUUUUUAACAAAUGCAGUACCAGUAACUUAAAAAAAGAAGAUGAACCGUCAUGAUAAAUAGUGGUACAUUUUUUUGCUUGUUUUGUCAUUUUGGAUUAAAUAGUAAAUGUUCAAGUUGUACAAUGUCUAAUAAAAUGCAUCAGAACACAGCUUAAAAAAUAAAAAGUGCACACAGGAAAUUUAAUCCAGAUUUUGACACAUACCGUACGCUGUAAAAAUCCACUUUCAGUUCCAAUGAUUUCGUAACAGACCGUUUUUGUAAACGAAAAAAGUAUUGGAAUGACGUACCAAUGUUUAACACAAGCUCCCCCCCAUCCUCCCUAUGCAGGAACACUGAAUUUUCUCAAGGGCCUUUGAUAUUUACAAACAAAUAAAUUAUCCUUUUCUUCAUGA